GCUCUCCCCUCUCUUCGCUUGUUUCUAAUAUGGCGUCCUCAACGCAAUAACCAAAACCUGCUAGCAGCUACACGUGAUAGCAACGCUUGUUCGUAGACAUCGGGAGCCCAAUGCCGAAUUUCCAGUGAAUUCAAGUGGAUUACACCGUCUGAAAGAUGGAUCUAUACGUGUUAUACGAACACGCUGCCGGCUAUUCCCUGUUCAGGGUUAAGGAAUUUGAAGAUGUUGGUGCAUUGCUUCCACAAGUGGAGGCUUCUGUCACUGAUUUUGGCAAAUUUAGCUCGGUGGUUAAGCUAGUUGGUUUCACCCCAUUUAAAACUGCAGUAGUGGCCUUGGAAAACAUAAACAGCAUUUCUGAAGGUGUCUUGCCCGAUGAGCUCAAGCUGUUCUUGGAAACAUACCUGCCCCAAAGCAGCAAGAAGGGAAAAGUUACUUUGGGCUUGAUUGAACCGAAACUGGCAUCAGCCAUCACAGAAGCUCUUAACACCAAGUGUUUACACACUGGUGUAGUUCCUGAAAUCACUCGAGGAAUCCGCGCACACUUUCACAACCUUGUCAAAGGUUUUACCCUUCAAACAUCAGGCAAGGCGCAACUCGGACUGGGACACAGCUACUCCAGAGCCAAGGUCAAGUUCAACGUCAACAGGGUGGACAACAUGAUCAUCCAGAGCAUUGCUCUUCUUGACCAGUUGGACAAGGAUAUCAACACGUUUUCCAUGAGGAUCAAGGAGUGGUACUCAUACCACUUCCCAGAGCUUGUUAAAGUUGUGACCGACAAUUACAUGUACGCCAGGGCUGUCCAGCUCAUCAAGAACAGAAAGGAACUGUCUGAAGAGAACUUACCAGAGCUGGAGGAAUUGGUCCAAGAUGCAUCUAAGGCAGAGCUUAUUUUGAAACUUGCUCGCUGCUCAAUGGGCAUGGACAUCUCCACUCUUGAUCUGGCAAACAUUGAGUUGUUUGCCCAGAGAGUGGUAUCUUUGGCUGAAUACCGCAAGAGCACGUCUCAUUACCUAAAUAAUAAGAUGGAUGCCAUUGCCCCCAACCUGGGAACUGUUAUUGGAGACCAGAUUGGCGCAAGGCUCAUUUCCCAUGCUGGCUCGCUAACCAAUUUGGCCAAGUACCCUUCUUCCACACUUCAAAUCCUUGGAGCUGAGAAGGCUUUGUUCAGAGCCUUGAGGACCAGAAGCAACACACCAAAAUAUGGAUUGUUGUUUCACUCAACAUACAUUGGCAGGGCUCUACCACAACACAAGGGUAGAAUUUCCAGAUACAUUGCUAGCAAAUGCUCCAUCGCAGCCAGACUUGACUGCUUUUCUGACCUACCAUCCAAAAUCUAUGGCACAAAGCUGAAGCAGCAGAUUGAAGAUCGUCUUUCCUUCCUAAAAGGUGGCGAGAAACCGGCAACAAACAUCUCUGUCAUGGAAGAGGCUCUGGCUGAAGUUUCCGUUGAAGCUGAGAAAAAGAAAAACAAAAAGAAGAAGAAGAAGAAGAAGUCCUCAGUGAAUGGUGUGAACGGUAACGCUGAAAAUGGGGAGGCAGAAACCCCAAAAGCGAAGAAGAGGAAGAGUGUGGCGCCUGAACCAGAAAAUGGCGAGGCGGAAAAUGGAAAUGCUGAAGUUUCACCUAAGAAGAAAAAGAAGAAGAGCAAAGUGGCUGCUGAGUGAAUGUCAUGAUUACCCUAACUGCUUGCUGAGUGCAAAUCACUUUUAAUAAUAAACAUGAUCAUUCUCAUUUAACGAAA